AUGAAAGAAACAAAUGAACUGCAAUCAUCAUCAUCAUCAUCGUCUUUGGUUAUGAAUUCGAACAGAGUCUUCGUUCAUUGUCUAUUUCCAGACAAAUCAGUAAAAAUUAUUAAAGCAUCAGUAACAAAUACAGUAGCGGAGCUAACAGCAAAAAUUACAGCUCUUCAAGAAAAUCAGACAAUGGCUCAUUUUUUAUUAUGGUCAGAUAGUAGUACUAUUGACGAUAAUGAACCUGAUAAACGUUUGGCUGAUUUCGGCAUUCAACCUGGCAGUACAAUUUAUGCUUCUAUCACACAUAUUACGCCUAUUAAUUACUCGAUUAAAAACAAUAAAACUGACAAGACUUAUACUUCAACAUAUAGUUUUAACUUGGAUGCAAAGCCUAAAGGUUUAGAUAAUCUUGGUAAUACAUGUUUUAUGAACAGUGCACUUCAAUGUCUUGUACAUGUCCUACCAUUAACUGAGUUUUUUAUGAAAAGCUUUACUCAAACACAUUCGACUGAUGAUUCUGUUAAUAAACCCAAUCCAUUUUAUACAUAUGGAGAAGUUACUGGAGCUUAUGCCGAACUAUUGUGGAAUUUACUAAAGCCUGAUCGAAGUUCUUAUUUGUAUUAUGAUUAUUCAUUGAGACCAAGCCGCAUGAAAAAAACAAUCGGUCGACUUGAACCACGUUUUGCCACAUGGGAUCAACAAGAUGCUCAAGAAUUCAUGACACUCCUUCUCGAUACUAUUCAUCAGGAAAUUAAACAAAAACAGAAUCACGUUCGAAAUACCAUUAUCACAGAACUCUUUUUUAGUCAAAUUCAAUCGUCUAUUACUUGUUCACGAUGUCAACAUGUAAGCACUACAGUACAUCCAAGUAGUAUUCUUUCAUUACCACUUAAUCUACCAGAACGCACAUUUCAAGUGAAUUUUUUCAAAUUGAACGGUCGAGAUGAGUACGAUAUACUGACUAUGUCUACCAGUAAUCGUAUUGGACAUCUUGUGUAUGCAUUUUUCGAACGCCGCCAUGAUUCAAUAAGCUUUAGUUAUGUUACUGCGAUGACUACAAAUCCAGAAGCAACACUUGAUUUUGAUACACCACUUAGCAAGCUAUCUGAACCGGUAGUCACACUUAUCGAGCAAAAGUCUUGCAAUGGUCGACUUGAAACUUUUCGAUAUAAGAAUAAGCCGACCACUCUGAAACUUGACGAAUGUAUUCAAGAAUUUUUUUCACCCGAAAGUCUAGAUGAACCAUGGUUUUGCGAACAAGAGAAAUGUAAACAGAAUACAAAAGCAAGUAAACAACUUCAACUUUUGACUUUUCCACGUGUACUAAUUAUUCAACUCAAACGAUUUUCACAUGAAAAUGGUCGACGUCGAAAAUUAGACACAUUCGUUAAAUAUCAUAUAGAUGAAUUUGAUUUGGGUAAACUUGUGAAAUCAUCUGAGGAAGCCAUUUAUGAUCUUAUUGGCGUUUGUAAUCAUAUUGGCUCUAUUUCUAAUGGCCAUUAUACUGCACAUGCACGAAAAGAUCCGAAAAGCGAAAAAUGGUAUAGAUUCAAUGAUUCUUAUGUAUCACCUAUUUAUUAUAAAGAUGAAAUCGUUUCGCGAGAUGCUUAUCUUCUUGUUUAUAUGAAACGACAGAAAGAAACGAAAUCAUCAAUGGCUUGA